AUGCAGGGCUUCGAGCGUAACCAGGAAGGAAACCUAUUACCUGUCUUCACCAAGGGCACCAGCCUGUGCUCUCUUUGUGGUCAAGCGAGAACCAAAAAAUUGACGCGUGACAGUGAGCUUUCCGCGAGUCCGUUGCUUGAGCCCCAGUCUCUAAUGCAUGCUCUUCCCUCGUUCAUACCAAUUGAAGAUUACGUCAUUUAUCAGUCUAUUGUACAGCCAGUCGGCCACGAGAAGGAAUAUAAGUCCGCCUUCAGUCCUCAUGAGAAACGAUGGCACAUUGUCCUCUUUCCUGCACUUCAGCCAGGAAAGAGAGAGGACGUAAUAUUGUUGGGGGAGUGGCUACAACAUUCUGUGCUUGAUAAGAAAUGUCACGACACUGACGGUCACAUUGCCGACAUUGAAGUCUCCUUUCAGUUACAUUCUAUUUCAUUCUUGGAAAUCGUUCGCCAGGUGAGUCUGGAAUGUAAAGAAAGAGGUGACAUGCUACUGCACUUAUGGCGGCAAGUGAUUCGCAUUUUUAACCAGGUGAUGGCAAGCACAGAACCGAAAUUGACAUCGUUAUCAGCUGAACUAGUUCGAUCAAGAGAAAUUAUGGCUCUGAGCAAGGACAAGCUUUCAGAUCUGACGGGGGACCUGAAAGCUUGUACACUCAAGUUUAAAACGGUUUCGGAAGCCCUGAAGCAGAAAAAUCUUCAGUUUGUGCGCCUUCAACGGUGUCGUCUCUGCCUCGCCGAGAAUCUUUCACCUCGUGCACGAGAGAAGUUCGUGCGAAGAGCAACUAUGAAACAUUUUGCUAGUUCAGGGGGGUCGAUGAUACCACAGGAAGAGACCAAAUCCGUGGGCGAAAUCUUUCAAGAAAGUCUAGCCUCGCACCAAGCGGCUGCUUCUUCUGUGGAAGGGGGGCAAGCCGAAGGGGGGGGAAAUAGUGUCCCAUCCGAGCCGGUAGUCGUUGAAGGGGGCAAGGAAGAGGUAGGAAUAAAGGAAUCUGCAGCAGCUUCUACUGAAGGGAUUGUCAAUGAUAGUAACGAGCAGGGCGCCGCACCAGGAAGGGCUGAAGAGCAAGCAACAGUUGCCGCUUCUCCGGGUGAUAUAAUAACUAUAUCACCUACAUUUCGAAUAUUCAAGAGGGUUUCAGAAGGUUUCACGCACGAUGACGGGAUCCACGCUGAUGUUCCAGCGCAGACUAUUGAUCCUGCGAAGAAACAUCCAUUUUUUGAAGUCUUGGACAGGCCCAAAACUGCACCUCCUCGUUUAAACACGUAUGGUAUGGAGAUUUUUGAGCCCCUCUCAGCUGCAGACGCUGCAGUAUGGAGGAAGCUGAAACGAGAGAAGCGGCUGAAGAGGGAGAAAGAGAUGAAGAAGACAGGAAGAAUUGUUGGAGAUGUUGCACCAGGCGGAUUAAAUGAGUCGGACGCAAGCAUUAAAGAUCUGGCAGCCGAGACAAUGCAGCUUCUCGAGCAAGUGGGAAUGAAUCCUAAGCUAGCUAAUCGAUUCAAAGGAAUCCUUUCCAAAUUGCGUAGAUUAAAGGACGGUAUAUUAACUGCAGACGGAUGGCUUAAUGAAAUAGAACCAGAUAGCGAAGACGCGAGUUUCUUAGAAGCGAUGGGGUUGGAUGGUGGAAAGGGGAAAGGAAAGAAAGGUCAAUUGGGCAAAAUGCGAAAGGGAGGAGAUAGCAGACGAGGCAGCCAGUUUAUAAACGUUGCCGAGGAGCUAAUGGCCCGCGGUCGUGGAUCUUCUGAAAUUAAAUCGAUGAAAGCCAAAGACCUCCCCUUUUUGCCUUUAGGCUUCGCAAAGAUGAUGAAAAUCACCCCGCCUCCUAAAGUGAUUAAAUCCUUCAACGAACGGCAGUUAUUAAAACUAGUGGAAGGGAUCUACGCUUCAAAAAUACAAGCAGAUGCUGUUGAUGAUGAAGUCAAUAACGAACGGCAGAGCGCUUGUGAAUUUGUGUACGACUAUAUGCUAAAUAUUUAUGGUCUUAAAGGCCUGGCUGAGUCUGCUGUCCAUGGUGUCUUCAAGAAGAUUAAGAAAAUGAUGAUUAGCAAGGGCAUUGAAAAAUGCCACAAGCUGAGGUUGUUCCAGCGCUUCUGCGGCUUUGACCUCGCGAAAGGGUACGCUGAGCCCGACCUUUACAUGUAUCUGAAGCUGCUGAACAGAGGACAAAGCAAACUAGGAGUUCUGUAUUCAGAACAGGACGAUGGGAUCGUUUUCCUAAAUUGUGCUCAAGUUGAUAAUUUAUUCGAUGAACCGUGUCUUAUCGAACACUUCAACGGAGAUCGGGAUGCAGCUGCAGAAUUUAUCACUAAAUUCGCAGGACUUCAUGCUACAACAGAGAAAGUUGCACCUGAACUACAAAAGAUACUGAAAACUUCGCAAGUGAAAAGAGUGGACUUUGACCUAUUAAUGGAGAACGUGAUCGAUUUCAACCCUACCAAAGUGGACACGAAGACAGUCAGAGUGAAGUUACCCGAGAAAGUUGCUCCUCAAUCGGAAGAAGAGGGAACGGCUCUGGAGAAUCUUUUCGUAGCGGGAGAUGCAAAUCAAGAUGGUGUUUUGACGUUCACAGAGUUCCGAGAAAUCAUAAGCUGUGCCGAACCUUCUAUCUCACAACAAAAUGCACUGCGAAUGUUUCGUGAAACUCUUGUUCUCAUGCCCGAAGGUGGUGAUAGCAUAAGCCCCAAAGCUUUUGCAACUGUUGCACAUGCGCACGGUAUAAAAGCACCGUCCGAUACCAUCUUCAAUCUGCUGAAGAAGACGUGGGACCAGAUUCAAGAUGACGUGAAUCCUGUAAAGAUGGCGGAGGAGGAGAAGAGCAGAGAGGCGACAAAUCUCCGAGAAAAGUUGGAGGAACUGAUAGCAUCUGGUACCCAGGUCUCUGAGGCCGUGCAGACGUUCCGCGAUUUUGUACUUAACUUUUGUGGAGGCAAACAGGGUGAUGAAGAGAGGUUGGGUGAGGCAGCGCACGAGUCUGAUGAAUCUGACUGAUUAGAAGAAGCUACUGUCCCUCCUAAGUUCUCUUCUCCAUCGAAAUUGAUGGACCAUUAGUAUAUGUACACUCAGUUUUUGCAAAAAAGUUUACAGGCUGUUGGAGGGAUGGGAUGUUCACCAUUUCUUAAUCUUCAGAAAGAA